AUGGCUACGCAAAAUGAAUUCGAGGACCUUGGUCUCUCCAUUCUAGGCCUGGGGGCUCAGUACCCGCCUUACGACCUCAAGCCCGAGUCGCUCGAAAUUCUAAGCAAGCGGUUCUACCCAGAAUCCCCAGCAAUGAGCAAGGUGCUUGCCAUCAACCGGUACACAGGCAUCGACCAGCGCUCCUCGAUAGGCACGCCCGACCACCCCUUGGUCAAUCAACCGAAUCCACCAACCAUCACUGAGAUCAACGACAUUUUCAUGAAGGAGGGCGUCCCGCUCGCCGUCAGUGCCGCUCGAAAAGCGCUGGCUGAAGCGCACGUGGAGGCAGCGCAAGUAACCCACAUGGUCUCGACAACAUGCACCAACUCAGCCAACCCGGGGUACGACCACUUCGUCGCGACGGAGCUCGGCCUGAGCCCCAACACAGAAAAAGUCCUCCUCCACGGCGUAGGCUGCAGCGGCGGUCUCGCGGCCCUCCGCACAGCCGCCAACCUGUGCCUGGGGCACACCAUGCGACGCCAGCCCGCCCGCAUCCUCGUCGUAGCCCUCGAAAUAAGCACCACGCUCGUCCGCAGCGAACUCGAUAGCUCGGCUACGAUUCUGAGUGUGCUGGAUCGGUUGCGGAGGAAGGAUAUGGAUGCGCUGGCGCCGGCGCCGAGGGCUGGGGGUGGGGGUGGGGGUGGGCCGAAGGAGUAUGUGGUGGGGUGUGCGUUUGGGCCGGGGAUUACGGUCGAGAUGUGUAUGCUGAAGCGGAAUUUGGUGGGUGGUAGUGUUGCGUCGAGGGGGGGGAUGGAGACGCCGCCUGAGACGGAGAGUGAGGGGGGCGGUGGGAGUGAUGUGGAUGAGCGGAGUGAGCAGGGCGAGGUGGCGUCGGUUGAGGGUGCGAGAGGGGGGGUAGAUGUAGGGGUUGGAGAGGAUGGAGAGGCGUUUAUUAACGAGGCGUUGGAGGGGGUUGAGCUGGAUUGA